CAAGGAAGAAGAGAUUCACUCACAGCUCAGGGUGAAACAGAUGAUCUAGAGAGGAAGACACACUGUACAUACUCAGAGAAAAACAAGGACUGGAAAACCUGAAGUCACUUCAGACAGACAAGUACAACUAAAGGGAAAAAUGCAUAAUCUCUAUCACAAACUACAUCUCAAAGACGGACACACUAAUAAAUUGAGAGCUGCAGAUGUUGUUCAGAUAACUAAACAUUCAUUACAGUCCCACAAACCUUGCACUGAAGAGCUAACUCAAACUUUCAUACAGAAACUACUGAUGAUGAACUACAGAGCAAGAUACCUUAGUGCUGAGGAGAUUAACGAGCAAAAUCCCAUGCAACAAACAGACUAUGACUCACCUGAAGGAGGGAGCGAUAUUUUCAAUGAAAUGUCUUUUUCUAAAGGCACAAAUCAGUCAGAACUCAUUCACCCGAUGGAUAUUCAGAUGGCUGUGUUUCAUUGUGCUGAUUGUUUCCUGAAGCAGCUGAUGGUCACUAAACUGUCCCAGUGUCAGUUUGCUCUGCCUCUGCUUGUUCCUGAUCCAUUCACACAACAGAUUGAGUUUCCUCUUUGGACAUUCAGAAAAUUAACAAGAGCUGGAAGAUCAGAAACACCAACAAUGAAACCAUCAGUCAAACCCAGCCGAUCUACAAGGCACAAACUCCAAUGGUGUUUUUCUUUAGGUUUGGCUCUGUGUCUUCAUCCAAGUCUCAGCUGAUAAACAGUCUGAUCAAUGACAAACACAACACGUUCUUCCACAGGAACUGCCCAGGCAGCAGCAGAUCCAGAGUCCUGAUGGAUGGAGUGGUGGAGAUUGCCUGGUUCUGCCCUUCUGGGAAGAACACAGAUAAAUUCACUGACUGUGUGACCUUCUGUAAUCUACAUGGAGAUGCAGGAGACCAUGAGAAACAGUGGAAAAUCCUCACUGAGAUGGCCUCAGUCAAUGUGCUGCUUCUUCCACGGCUUGACAGAAAUGCCAGAAAUGCAACAACAAUACAAAAACUGUACACUGACUCAAAGCCACUUAUUUGCUGAAGAUGAAUCUACUGUUAUUCAGACAAAGAAAGGAAAAUACAAGAUUGGUCUGAAAAACAGAAAUCAGUGACAAGUAUCUGAAGAACUCAGAGGAGCUAUAAGUGAUUGUCCCUCAGAAUCAUUUUCCGCUUUCAGACUUGAAGAUGUGUCCAAGCACUCAGAAAUUAGAGUAGAUGAGGAAGAUGAUGAAGACUGCAGGAGAGGAAGAGCAGCAGCACAGCAGAUGAUCAGUUUACUGAAGGAGAAAAAACUGACAGAAAUCAAAGAAUCAUUUCUGCCUCAUCAGGGGAAACUGUGGCAUCAGUGGAGUCAGAAGAACAAAGAACUGCAUCGACUUCAAGUUGAUGAGAUACAACUAAGACAAAUAACUUCAGAAAUGAGAAAUAUCUGUGAACAGCAACAUGAGUCUGAGAUUAGUGGGUUUAUAAACCUCUUCAUCCAAGAAAUGAACUCAAAUAACAAACAUGUAAUAUUUUUUCUUAAUUGGCUCAGAAUCUUCCUCGAUGAACAUACGUCAAAAGAUAUUACUAUUCUUCAACACAUGUACAAUGAAAAAUGGUCAAAAGUUAAAAAACUGAAAGAGAGUCAUGAUAAAUCUGACCAACUCAAAGCUGAAGAAACUGAACUUGAGAGAAUAUCUGAGGAUCUUCAAGCAGCAGCCUUUAGUCUGGAGCACAUCAUGAGGGAGAUUGGUCAGAUCUAUGAAUCAUGUUCAUCUGUGAAGGAGAACAAGAAAGAUCUGCCGGUUCACUUCUCUUCUCUCCCAAGUCUCGCAGCAGAGAUGAUGAUCUCUGGGUUUCCACUGGAGCUGAUGGAUGGAGAUGCGGCUCAUGUUCCUCUGGUCUGGAUCUCUGCUGUUCUUGAUGAUCUCGCCCAGAAACUGGGAGACCAGACCAGAGUCUUUGUGCUGUCUGUUUUAGGGAUUCAGAGCUCUGGAAAAUCCACCAUGCUGAACGCCAUGUUUGGACUCCAGUCUGCUGUCAGUGCUGGCAGGUGCACCAGAGGAGCUUUCAUGCAGCUGGUCAAAGUGUCUGAAGAGAUGAAAACACAGAUGAAAUGUGACUAUAUUCUGGUUGUUGAUCCUGAGGGUCUCCGUGCUCCAGAACUCGCUGGAAAAUCAACAAGAGAUCAUGAUAAUGAAUUGGCAACAUUUGUUGUUGGUCUUGCAAAUCUGACACUGAUCAACAUCUUUAAAGAAAACCCGUCUGAGAUGCAGGAUGUUCUUCAAAUUGUGGUUCAGGCCUUCAUAAAGAUCAAGAAGGUUAGACUAAAACCCAGUUGUGUGUUUGUGCAUCAGAACAUGUCAGACAUCACAGCUGGAGAAAAAAACAUGCAGGGUAGAAGACUAUUGCAGAAAACACUGGAUGAGAUAACAAAAAAUGCUGCCAAAAAUGAAGACUCGGAUGCUAAACGUUUCAGUGAUGUCAUUAGAUUUGAUGUUCAGAAUGAUGUGAAGUAUUUUGCUCAGCUCUGGGAGGGCAGUCCACCAAUGGCUCCACCAAAUCCAAACUACAGUGAAAAUAUUCAAGAACUAAAGGAAACUAUUAUAUCUCAUGCCUCAAAAUCACAAGGAAUGAGGCUGACAGACUUAAAAGACCACAUUGUACAUCUCUGGAAAGCUUUACUGAAUGAAAAAUUUGUCUUCAGCUUCAGAAAUUCUCUGGAGACUUUAGCCUACAAGAAACUGAAUAUUGAGUACAGAAAAUGGUCCUCAAGUCUCCACAGUACAAUGAUGGAAAUUGAGAACAAACUACACAACAAAAAAGAAAAUAAAGUAAUUAAUGAGGUUGAAAAAACGGAUAUUCAAGGAGAACUGAAUGAGGCGACUGAAGAAUUGGAAAAAUCAAUGUUUGGAUUUUUUGAGAAAGACAAAUAUGCAGAUAUACUGAUUCAGUGGAAAACAUCAUUUGAAACCAAAUUUAACGAAGAAAUUCUGGAAGAAACAAAGAAAUUAAAUAACAUUCUCCAUCAGCAUAGAUCAACAUCAGCAGCAACUUUUGCUAAAAUAAUCUGCCAGAAACUGAAGGAGCCCAUUGAGCUGAACAUCUACAGGAAAACCUCCAGAGAUUUAGCAGAUGAAAUAAGAUCAAACUGUGAAUCACUGAAUGGAAACAGAACAAAUCUGGAGAAACACAUCCUGAAGACACUGGCAGAAGAGGAGGACUUUGACAAAUACAUGAACUACAUUGAAAAUCCCAGAAAUCACUAUAAGAGUUUCAUCAGAGAUGAAGUCAGUCGGUACAGUGAUAAGUUCAGCAUCAGUGUUUUACCCAAGAUGAAGGAGAACAUUAAACUCCUGCAGCAGAAGAUCAUGAACGCAGCACAUCAAUCUACUGAACAUGUUCAAGUCAACAGUGGAGAUGUUGGUUUGUGGUUGAAGAGUUUCACACAGCAGCUCUCAGAUCAGCUGAUCUUCUCUGAAAAAGACCUCAGUGGAGUCAAACGUGAUGAUGUUGAUGAUUUCAGACUCCUAGAAGAUGUGAUCAGACAAGAGCUUCCUGCUGUAAUGUCAGACAUCAGCAGGAGAUUCAACACAGACACAUUUCCAGUAAAGCUGGACUAUAAGUUCAGGCCAGAUGAGCUUCUGAUUGAUCACUUCUGUCAGUGCUGUUGGGUUCAGUGUCCGUUCUGUGGAGUCACCUGCACAAACACCAUAGAGAACCAUGUCGGAGAUCACAGUGUUCCUUUCCAUCGUAGUAUUGGAGUGUAUGGGGUGCAUUACAGAGAUGCAUCAAACUUGUCAACCUAUACCUGCACAUCAGCAUCAGCAAACAGCAAUUUGUUUUUCUAUCCCAUUGACUCUGAUGAAAAAGUCCUCUGGAAAGAAUACAGAAGAGCAGGAGGAGUUUAUGCAUGCUGGAGCAUCACUCCUGAUCUCUCUGAACUGCCCUACUGGAAGUGGUUUGUGUGUAGAUUCAAGAACAAUCUGGAAAUAUACUAUAGAAAAACAUUUGAGGGGGGUGGUGAGAUCCCUGAUAAAUGGGGAAAAUACUUAAAGAGGGAUGCUACUGAGAGUUUGCAUAAAUACAUGUAAUUGAUGAAAUUAAAUGUUUCUUACAGGUCUUAAAUUUAUAGUGGUUAUGAAAUAGAGUGAGGCGGUAGGACCAAAAUACUAUUUCACUGUUUAAAGGGGUGGUCCACAGUAUAAUUUUGAGGCUUGGUUGUGUUUAUAAGAUGCAAAGCAAUGUGUGUUAAUGCUUCAUUUAUAGAAAAUCACAGUAUUUUUCUCAUAUAUCUUUGCUUAUAUGCAGCUACUCAGCUAACAUGAAAACGACUGUCAUAUUUCCUAGUUCCUCUGAAAGGCCCACCCUCAAUAUGCUCUGAUUGGUCAGCUACGAUAAUGUGCUGUGAUUGGCGGAUCAGCUCCACAUCACCAGGAAAAGUGUCAAGCCCCUACAAGCACACACUUUUAAGCUGUGUAAACACUGUCAGUCAGAGUAGCUGUUAACCGUAUUAGUUUGUGCCUGAAUCAGACAGAAAAUAACACGGAGGAGAACCUCACGCCUGCUCUCUAAAAUAAAAUAGGACAAGUGUUUUCACAUAUAUUCGGAAUAAGUAUGUUUAAGUCAUAUGAAACGUUCGCAUAUCUUUUGCGAGUUCAUUUUUGAGAUGUAGAACACUGGGAAAUCAGACACUGAAAGCGUCCACAUAGAGAGACACUGUAGCGCUGCUGAAGAUUGUGGGUGUUUACAGCGGAUUGACUGAUAAAUAUAGGUUUGCAGCGAAAUUGUUAGCGGUGCCAAACAGCAUUUCCCAUUGUUUACAUCCUUGUUUAUGUCCUUGCUACAACAUACCAUUAACGCUAGACACUGUGCCUGUAAUAGAUCAAUUUUAACAAAUAAAAAUACUUACAGUUGUGGCUUACAAUCCACAACUUCAUCUGUUAUGGUUGGAGGAGUUUUUAGCCAAAACCAGAACUGAACUGGGAGAGAUUCUGGAAGCUGUAUAUAUAUUUUUUUUUUCUGGAACAUAAUUAUGUGUAUGCUCACUAGCCCGGAUGUGUUUUUUGUAAUCCCCAAACUUUGUUCACUGUAGGCUUUGCUAAGCUAACUCUGUAAAAGCCAAUGUCUCCCUUUGCAAUGAACUUUGAGCAUCUUACAUUCAGAGAUGUUGUUUAUGUUCACACAGCUACAUUACACAUCAACUAAAGUUUAAAAUGUGAUAUAGUAGUGGACCACCCCUUUAGGCAAAUUUACUUCACAGUAAAGAUAUAUUUUAUAAUAGUUAUUUAAAUAUGUAGUCAUUCCAAACAAAAGCGUUAAAAAA